AUGAAAUUCGCAAGGCCAGCUUUGCGUGUAAGCCAGCCCAAAUCCGCUUUCGCCGACGGCUCUGGACGCUGGACCAACCGUGAUCUGGAUCCUGUUCCUCGUCACCGGCGGAAAUGGGGUGUCGCUAGCUUCAUCGCAUACUGGAUAUCGGACGCGCUCAAUGCAGCUACCUGGGAAUUUGCCAGUGGCAUGAUCGCCGUCGGCCUCACGUACAGAGAGUCUCUGGCCAUCGUAACCAUCGCCUUCUUGAUUGUGUCCGUGGUCAUCUCAGCUAAUGGCGCCAUUGGUGCUAUGUAUCACUCACCCUUCCCUGUGUUGGCGCGUGCCAGUUGGGGAUUCUACGGAUCUUACAUCGCUAUCGUAUCGCGAGUAAUCCUCGCCGUUUUCUGGUUCGCAAUCCAGACCUAUAAUGGCAGCAAUUCCGUGACUGUUAUGAUUGGCGCCAUCUGGCCUAGCUAUUUGAGGUUACUGAACCAUAUCCCUGCUGAGCAGGGCAUCACCACCAAUGGAAUGGUCAGCUUCUUGGUCUUUUCCAUCAUCCAGUUUCCGUUUCUAUGCAUCAACCCGAAUAAACUACGAUGGCUAUUCAUGGCCAAGUCUAUCAUUGUUCCGAUUGCGUGGAUUGCAAUCCUGAUCUGGGCCUUUAAAUCAACUGGGGGAGGGGAACUUUUCGACCAAAAAGUCACCGUCAGCGGUUCUCAAUACUCCUGGCUAUGGCUGGCCAAUUUGACAUCUGUGAUUGGAAACUAUGCCACACUGAGUGUUAAUCAAUCUGACUUUUCGCGGUACUCUCGCGUGGGUGUCAAGUGGCAACUGAUGUACAUUCCUAUGCUCCCCAUAUUUUUCACAUUUUUUGCUUUCAUUGGCGUGGCGUCGUCCUCGGCCGGCCAAACGUUGUAUAAUUUAGCUGAGAUCCCCUGGGAUCCCAACGUUUUGAUGAGCUACUGGGAGAACCGUGCAUGUCGAUUUUUUGGCGCCUUCACCUUCGCACUGGCUUCCUUGGGAGUCAACAUCUCGGCCAAUUCUCUGUCCGCUGCCAACGACUUUGCUGCUCUUGCACCCGGGUACCUGAACAUUCGCCGCGGCCAGAUGAUCUGUGCGCUCUUUGCCUGGGUCCUCGUCCCCUGGAAGAUUCUCGCGUCCGCCGGCAACUUUCUCAACUUCAUGUCUGCCUACGCAGUGUUCCUUGGACCGAUAGCCGCAAUUAUGGCAUUUGACUUUUGGCUGAUCAAGAAACGAAAAUACGACUCGUUGGCAAUGUACCAACCUGAUGGAAUUUAUAGAUACUCUGCAGGGGUUAAUUGGCGUGCAGUGGUGGCUUUCGUCGUCGGAGUGGCACCCAGUUUGCCCGGGUUGAUCAAUUCAGUCAACAGUUCUAUUAGCGUUGGUGUUGGAAUCCAUCCAUAUCAGUUCGGUUGGCUGUUGGGAUUUUUCGCUACGACGCUUGUGUAUCUAACACUUUCCUACCUUUUUCCCGUUACAGAAGCCUUGAUUGAGCACCCUGUAUACCCCGACGAGGUGUAUGAUACUCGGGCUGGUAUAAUUGUCGACGGAGUUGAGCCAGAGGAUUAUCGUAUAUCGACGCAGAUUGUACAUAAAUCAGCCUGCUGA